CUCAGGAUUUUGACAAGAUCUGGGUGUCAAGGAGACGUCGAGACGUUGUCGGGCUCUCCUCGACUCACCAUGGACCGCGAUGGCCAGUACCAUAUAAACAGCGGUGUUCUCUCCCCGACCCAAAUUCCCAACCUCCAGCAAAAGCUGGAUGAUCUUCUCCCCUACUCAUUGCCCGUCACGAGGAGGAUAGAGUACCAUCUCGGCCAUCCCAUCUCCCCAACGGCCAGAAUCUUCGUCGCUGCUGCUGCGGUCCCUGCCGACGGCGACGAUGACGGCGACGUCCAGAUCAAUGGCGACCACGUUCAUAGCAACCAACCACUUCCCCUUCCCGGUACCAGCAGCCACCCUCCUGACGAGCGCUGGCUAGAAUCCUGGCUGCUCAGCAACACCUCUUCCUCUUCCGCAGCAUCUCGCCCCUGGCUCGCCGCACACAUCGACCUAAUCAACUACGGCCAGACCCAAGUCUGGCUGUUCGCGAGCUGGGAGGUUCCCUCGCUCUUCCGCAAUGACAGUGACACCGUCACCGGUGGUGGGGGGCUUUACAAGUCUCUCAUGCACGAGCUCUUCAAUUAUAUACACACCGUCCUUGUGCCCACGAUGCCCCUGGAGCCGAGUGACGAAUGGCUCGACCUCAAACGCACGGGGAAAACCCUGACGACGCCGUACUCGCGGAGCAAAAUCCUCUUCGGCACGGUGGGCGAGAAGCUGUGGGAACUUUUCCCACCCCAGGCUCGAGCGAGGACCGAUCCGGGCUAUCUGAAGUACGUCUUCUCGCCCGCGAAGGAGAACGAGAACGUAGAUGAAGCCAAAGCCGAAGCCUCACUCGCCAAAGCCAGACUCGCCGCUACUGCCGCCGACAACGACAACGACAACACAUCAUUGCUCCUCCUCCCAGCCGAGUACAAAUUCGGCGAGAUGCGCUCGUCCGACCUGCAAAUCGUGCUCGACAGAUCCACCAUCCCACGCACCCUAUCCACACUGCGCCAGUACGUCAGCGUCGCCAUCUUCUCACGCGACGACGAUACCGAUCCCCGCCCUGUGGCCUGGGGCUUCCUGGGCAAGGACGCCAGUUUAUCGAGCCUGCACACGGAACCGGCCCAUCGGGGCAAAGGCCUAGCAGUCUGUUUGGCUCGCGAGCUUCUCCAGCGGCAAACCCGAGCGUUCCAGGAAGACAAGAGAGGAAUGGGCUGGGCGCACGCAGAUGUCUCGCAGGACAAUAUCCCCAGUCGGCGCGUCAUGGAGAAACUCGGCGGCAGGCCCAUGUGGAUGGUUAUGUGGACGGAGGUGGAUCUGGAGAAGGUUUGUCGAUCGAGUGAUGAGGAGGAUGAGGUAAAGUGAUGUGAAGUGGCGUUGAUGAGUAUGGCUGGGCCGCGAUGAUGGGCAGCGCUGUCGAUGGUUAAGCACUGUUUGAAGGUUGACUGGAUAUGGGAUAUAGACUGCGCACACGUACAAACUACCACCUGAUCCACGAUGAGCGAACAAAGAUCAAGCGCUGCUCUUUUCCAGAAUACAGAUGCAUCUUGACGGGGAAGAGCUCAAUGAUA